GCUUCUGCUCUGUGCCUCUGCUGAGGAAGUCGGAUGUCGUCCUCGUUCUGCUGUGGAGAGACCGUGGACUCACUUGGCAGCCGCACCAUCGUAAACUAGAGACUUCGGUCCCCAGACGGGAAGGAGUGGCCGGCCAUGAAUGCAGUAACCUAUGAUGAUGUGCACAUCCACUUCUCUUGCGAAGAAUGGGCUUUGCUGCUACCUUCCCAGAAAAUUCUCUACAAAGAUGUGAUGCUGGAGACCUAUAGUAACCUUACUGCUCUAGGCUACAAAUGGGAAGACCGUAAUAUUGAAAAACAUUGUCAAAGAUUUAGAAGACAUGGAAGGUAUCUUCAAGCACACAAAGGAACCCAUAAUGAAGAGGAGCCCUAUGAAUGUAAACAACCUGGUAAAAUCUUAAGGCAUAAAGGAAGUCAUACUGAAGAGAAGCCCUAUGCAUGUAGUCAAUGUGGUAAAACCUUUUCACAGCGGAGUUACCUCCACAUUCAUAAAAGAGUCCAUACUGGAGAAAAGCCCUAUGAAUGUAAUCAAUGUGGAAAAACGUUUUCACAACAGAGUCAUCUCCACACUCAUAAAAGAACCCAUACUGGAGAGAAACCCUGUGAAUGUAAACAAUGUGGUAAAACAUUUGCAGAUUACAGUCAUCUUAAAAGACAUGAAAGAAUUCAUACAGGAGUGAAACCCUAUAAAUGUAAUCAGUGUGGUAAAGCCUUUUCAAAACAUGGUAGUCUCCAAAUACAUAGAAGAACUCACACUGGAGAGAAACCAUAUCAAUGUAAUCAAUGUGGGAAAGCUUUUGCAGAUUAUAGUUAUCUUAAAAUACAUGAAAGAAUCCAUACUGGAGAGAAACCCUAUGAAUGUAAGCAAUGUGGGAAAGCCUUUUCACAACCUGCUCAUCUCCAGAUUCAUAAAAGAACUCAUACUGGAGAAAAACCCUAUGAAUGUAAACAAUGUGGUAAAGCAUUUUCAAUUUGUAGUUCUCUUAAAAUGCAUGAAAGAACUCAUACUGGAGAAAAACCCUAUGAAUGUAAUCAAUGUGGGAAAGCAUUUUCAUACCUCUGUAGUCUCCAAACACAUAACAGAACUCAUACUGGAGAGAAACCCUAUGAAUGUAAUGAAUGUGGGAAAGCAUUUGCAAAACAUAGUGCUCUCCAAACACAUAAAAGAACUCAUACUGGAGAGAAACCUUAUGAAUGUAAGCAAUGUGGGAAAACCUUUUCACAGCCUGCUCAUCUCCAGAUUCAUCAAAGAACUCAUACUAGGGGAAGACAUCCACGGCCCAUCUGAUGCCACUUUGUUCAGGUGGGCACAAGCCACCCACAGGCCAACCUCGGUCCUCAAGACCUGGGGUGGCAGAAAGACAUACAGGGCUCAUCUGACCACUCUCUGCUCAAGCAGACACAAGCCAGCCUGAUUCCUCAAAUUGUGCCAUGGCAGAAAGAUAUGUCCAGGCCCAUGUGAUACCACUUAACUCGGGUGGGCACAAACCACCAGCAUGCCAACUUGGGUCCUUAAGACCUUGACUGGACAGAAGACAUCCAGGGCCCAUCUCAUGCCACUCAAUGCAGGUAGCAUCAAGCCAACCACAGACCAUUCUGUGUCAUGACCUGGGGUGGCAGGAAGACAUUCAAGGGCCCACCUGGCACCAGACAGUUGGCUCCAAUAUGUUGAGCAAGUAUAUGGUAAAGAAAGAAGUGAAUGGCUCAUAUGCUAUGGAAACAAGGCAGAACAGAAGUGAAGAUGGUAAGGUGUAGGCUGAUGUUGGAGGCUUUCUUACCACUCAGGGCCAUUAUGAUAUCCAGUCUUGGGCUACUGCCAAGGGCCAUCUCUGGGUCCCAUGAGAGUACCACAGCAAGGGUCUGUUGCCAACAAAUGGCACAAGGAUGCCAAGUACCUGGGGUGCCACUGGUGGCCAUCUAGGUGUCUAAGCCAUUCUGCCACCAGAGUCAUGCUGAUCUAGAUGGCGUGUGCUGCUAUAUGGGGCCAUUGUGUGUUCCAGGCCCGAGCUGCUUCUGAGGGCCAUGUAUGGGUCCGUAGCCCUACGACAGCCAGGAUCUGAGCUGACAUCUGUUGUUCCUGUUGCAACCGAAGGCUGUGUGGUUUCCUGGUGUCUGAUUUGCCACCUGAAACCAUAUUGGUACCCAUGGGCCAUGCUGCAUCUGGACUAUACAGCUAUAAAUGUUAUAUACUGAUCUCUAGUGAAAUCUGGGCCAGGGUUAUAGCAGAAGGCCAAGUCUGGGUCUGUGACCCUACCUCAACCAGGAUCUGUGGAUCUGGUUGCCAGGAAGACCAUGUGAAUUCCUGGGGUCUAGGUUGCCACCUGGGGCCAUGUUGUUUGAGAACUUCAUUGCUGUCACAACCAUUCUAGCCUGUGUGGCCUGUGCUGCCGCUAGGGAAGAUGGUGACAUAUGGACCCAGGUUGCUGGCAAGGACCAUAUCUAGCCUCAGUCUGUGUUGAAGCCCAUAACCUAUGAAGCCAUGAAGGUCCAGGUAGAUUCACAGGGUCAGAUCAGCCUCCUGAGAACUCCAUGAACAUGUUGAACUCCAUGAACAUGUUGAAGCUGGGGCCAUGCAGAUCUGAGCAGCUCAUGCUGCUACCUAAUGCCAGGUGAUAUAUGGGCAAGAGCUGCAGCUGAGGACCAUGUCUGGGUUCGUAGCCCUACUGCAGCAAUGGUCUAUGUUGAUGUCUGAGGUUCCUGUUACCAUGGAAGACUGUAUGAAUGCCAAAGAUCUGUUGUCAUGUUAGGAUCCCAGUGCUAAGUGCCAAUCUGAGUGGCACUGCCACCUGGAGCAAUAGUGACAUCCAGACCUGGCUACUACUGCGGACUAUAUCUGGGUUUGCGGUUCUACCCCAGCUGGAGUCUGUGUUAAAAUCCCAGGCCUAUGUUUCCACCAAAUGUUACUUGGAAGCCUGGAGAUAGAGCCAAAAUCUGUGAAUUUGGUGUCUGGUCACCAUGCCGCAACUAGAGCCAUACUUGCCUGAGUGGCCUCUUCUGCCCAGAGCCAGGAUGUCAUUUAGGCUCAAGCCCCUGCUGGGGGCAGUGUCUAUAUCUGUGGUCCUGCUGCAGCAGGGCUCUGUGUUGUUGUUUGUGCCAUGUCAUCUCAGGGGAUGAUAGAAGCUGUGUCAUGAAAUCAGAGGGCUAUGCUGAGCCAUCCCUACACUUGGCUUGCCCCAGGAUAGAUGGUCCUGUCUCUCAUUGGACAUUACAAGAGAACUAUCUCUACACCUGCACUCUGGGGAGAUGGCCCCACCCCUCACCAUUGGUGAAAGAGGAUUUACCCUGAAACUUGGCCAUAAGGGAGCUGGUUCCACCCACCCCUUGCCUAAGGGAGGAAGCUCCAGUUGCCUGGACUGACCAGCUCAACUACUACUCAGACACAGCUGGGCUUGGAGUUGGCCCACUCUAACAUCUACCCUAUUUAGGACCUACAGGAACUCAUGAAGGGACUGGUCCUUUGGAACAAUACCUCAGGAUCUCCAUGACUUGGGAUAACUGUAGGGUAUCCAAGAGGAGUUUUGGUGAAGAUUCAAUGAUGAUGAUAUACCAGAACCCAGAGGCCUUGAACAAAACCAAUGACCCAUUGCAAUGAAUAUUUUCAAGUCAACCUGAUUGGACAAAAGGGUAUACUUUGAAACACCAAAGCUCCAAACAGCACCAAGACAAGUGAGGUGUUGGAAAGGUGGAAAAGAUGAAGGAGCAAAGAGGGUUUUUUUUGUUUUGUUUUGUUGUUUGUUUGCUUACCUGUUUUGUUUUGGUUUGAUUGUUUAAUUUUCUUUUGGUGGGAGGGUUGUUCAGGGAUAAGGUGAAGUUACAACUGGACUGGAAGGUGAGCAGAAUUGGAGUGUAUGAUGAGAAAUUCACAAGGAUUCAAUAAAGAAAUUAUGUUAAAUUUUAAAAAAGAUCUCAUAUUGGAGAAACCCUAUAAAUGUAAGCAAUGUAAUAAAAACCUUUGCAUGUCACAAUUA